AGUCAGCGCCGCAUCGGUCAUGUCACCCCCGAGGGUCAUCCAGGCUAUGGAGGGCACUGGCCUGAGUUUAGAUUUCCCCAGGAGACUGACUCUCGCUGCGCGUGCCCCGCACUCAAUGCGAUGGCCAACCACGGCAUCAUCUCGCGUACCGGCCGUGGGAUCUCAUUUAUCGAACUUAAUCACCAUCUCCGGGCAACCUACAACUUCAGCCCUACCUUCUGCUCAUUUGUGCCGCACUUUGCUGCUCGCAUGCUUAAGCGAAGCUACAGCAAGGAUACCUUUAAUUUGGAAGAAAUUGACCUGCACAAUGGCAUUGAACACGACGCAUCUCUCUUACGCCUUGACACUGCUUUUGAACCCGACCAAUCGAAGAAGCACGUACCUUUCAUCAAGGAGCUGCUUGCGGCAGCUACUGGCAAGGACAAGAACGGCGACGACGUAAUUACCCCCAAGGAUUUCUCCAAGAUGCUUGGCAAGCGUCGGGCAGUGGCGCGUGCAGUAAACAAGGAGUUCUCGCUGAGCCUUUUCCACAAGAUCUUUGGUAGCACGAAUGCUUCGACCCUAGUGACGGCCUUUGGGGGUCGCGUGGAUGACCUGCAUAGCUUUCUUCUUGAUGAACGGAUCCCAGAGGGUUGGGAGUCGCGCGUCCGCCAACCUUACGGAAUGACCAUGAUGAACCUCAACAGGACUAUACUGAGAAUUGAAUUUGGUGUGCACGAGAAGGACUGGGCGGAAGCAGCACGGGAGGCUGCAGAAGGCCACAGUGCUUAACAAUACACCCUGAAGCGGCACUCGUGACGCGUCUGGAGUCAUUUAUCCAUCACACGCACCCAGAUGUCUGCUCUCACUUGGUGAUCACGGCACCUACUUACUGCUGACGACGAGUACAAUUCGCUCAUUGUCUCUUGAAUGUACAUUAAUCCUCUUCGUUGUUUCACUCCUCUUUAAUAACAGAAAUUAUGCACUAUUUCGACACCGAUCGAAGACCGGUACGGCUGCCCUUCAACCCCCAGAAAGAUCACUGUACGUCCAGGCCUCCACGUACUACUGUAUAACUUCGCGGCGUUUCAGGUGUGACCAUGUCGCCCAUCUAUGUCGCGAACGUCAGGAGGAUUACCUUACUCUUGGCGUCCUCACUACUUUAAAUACGAUGCAGGAAACCCAACAUGGACCUAGCGUCUUUGAAGAAGUUCGAGGACAUGAAUAAAAUACACGGACACAUGUAUAUAGCUGACUUUGUACUGGGGCUUAUUCAGACAAGCAAGG